UUAAUAUUUCACCUGGAAAACACCACGUCACGUUAGCUCCAGGAAAGAAACCUCACUGGUUUCUGUGCUCCCACGGGUCGGAUGCUUUUCUCUGGUUUUCAUGGUGAAACCGAGGUCUGACGAGCCGAGCUGAACUUUACUCUGAGUUGUUUUUUAAAUAAAUAUCCAACCUGCGCACCGAGCACAAUGUCUGCCUCCGCAAUAUUUGUGCUGGAUUUGAAGGGGAAGGUGCUGAUUUGUCGUAACUACAAAGGCGAUGUGGACAUGGCAGAGAUCGACCACUUUAUGCCUUUACUCAUGCAGCAUGAAGAGGAAGGGCUUCUCAGUCCUGUGAUGUCCCACGGCAACGUUCAUUUCAUGUGGAUCAAGCACAGCAACCUCUACCUUGUGGCCACCACCAAUAAGAACUCCAACGCCUCGCUGGUUUACUCGUUUCUUUACAAAAUAGUUGAGGUGUUCACAGAGUACUUCAAAGAGCUGGAAGAAGAAAGCAUUCAGGAUAAUUUUGUUGUUGUUUACGAGCUGCUUGAUGAACUGAUGGACUUUGGGUUUCCUCAGACCACUGAAAGCAAAAUCCUGCAAGAAUACAUAACUCAGGAAGGUGCUAAGCUUGAGGUGGCAAAGACCAAGGUCCCCACCACCGUCACCAACGCCGUUUCCUGGCGGUCUGAGGGCAUCAGAUACAAAAAGAACGAGGUUUUCAUUGACGUCAUUGAGUCCAUCAAUGUCCUGGUAAGAUGAGU